AUGAAGUACCUCAACCUCCUCGCGGCGCUCUUCACCGUCGCCCCUCUCACCCUCGCAGCUCCCUCUGCCUCCUUCGAGCGCCGCCAGGACUCGUCGGUCAAUCCUUAUAUCGGGAAGAGCCCGCUCGUUAUCAAGACUUACGGCGAGAAGCUGGAGGAGACGGUUAGGUACUUUGAGGAGCAGGGUGAUGAGCUUAAUGCUGCAAGGACGAGGACUGUGCAGAGUGUGCCGACGUUCGCGUGGAUUUCGGAUAGUGCUUCGAUCGACAGCAUCAAACCCCUCAUCGCAGAUGCCCUCGCCCAGCAGGAGGCAACUGGCGAAAAAGUCAUUGUGCAGAUUGUCAUUUAUAACCUACCCGAUAGGGAUUGUUCGGCCAAGGCCUCGGAUGGGGAGUUCCAUUUGGAUGAUGACGGGUUCAACAAGUACAAGGCGUAUGUACUGGUAGCUGACGAGUGGUCGCCUACAGGGAUUGCGGAGGAGCUCUCGACGGAAGACGCGGAUAAACUCCACUUUGCGAUCAUCCUCGAGCCUGAUUCGUUGGGUAACCUUGUGACCAAUAUGCACGUCGAGAAGUGUCGCGGUGCUGAAGCCGCGUACAAGGAGGGUAUUGCAUAUACGAUUUCAAGCCUACAAAAGCCCAACAUCGAUUUGUACCUCGACGCAGCGCACGGUGGAUGGCUUGGCUGGAACGAUAACCUCCGGCCCUCCGCCGAGGUCUACCGCGAAGUCCUCGACCUCGCACGGGAGAUCACGCCUGGCGCUCGAGUCCGGGGUCUCGCUACCAACGUAUCGAACUACAACCCCUAUAAAACCCAAGCGCGGGAACCAUACACCGAAUGGAACAACUCCUACGACGAGUGGAAUUAUGUCAAGAACUUGGUUCCGCACCUCGAGGCUGUGGGCUUCCCCGCGCACUUCAUCGUCGACCAAGGUCGGUCAGGAAAGGGCGGGAUCCGGACGAGCUGGAGCCAGUGGUGCAACAUCCGGGGUGCCGGGUUUGGUAUUCGACCGACGAGUGACCCCCAGGUGCUGGAUAGUGAGAACGUGGAUGCGAUUGUGUGGGUCAAGCCUGGUGGGGAGUCGGAUGGCACGAGCGAUGUUGAUGCGAAGAGAUUUGACGAGAAUUGUAGGAGUGAGGUCGCGCAUGUGCCUGCGCCCGAGGCUGGGCAGUGGUUUAAUGACUUUGUGGUCAACCUUGUGUUGAACGCCAAUCCCCCGCUGGAGCCGCUCGAGCUGUAG